UACUAGAGUCCUUGAAUCCUUCAUACAGCGAAAAAUGGCGCUAACAGCAAUAUAAACGAGUAAAGUGAGUUACAGAAUAACAGAAAUCAACAAUGGCGCUUCAAUCUGCAUUCAAAGAAAGGCUUGGAGACAUGGAGAUCACCCGCAAUCAGAGACUUUCUCUUCUCCAGGACGAAAAAGAAUUACAAAGGAAAAAAUCUCUUUUAUUAUCCGGCAAACACGCAAAAAUCAGAUCACUGGAGCAGAAUUGCUUGAUGUUAGAUCAUAAACUUGCAUCCGACAACUUCAAAAUAUCUUCUCUCAAAUCCCUAAUUGAAUUCCUCGAUCGAAAAUAUCAAACCUCCGUUCAACAAUUGAGUGUGUGGAAUUCUAGGGAUUUGAAAGUUGAGAUAGAGGAGCUUGUGCAAUUGGAAAAAGAGAGAGACAAAUUUUAUAGUCUGAACUGCUCUGAAAUGAACGAGUUUAAGAAAAAAGUUGACAAGUCUGCCGAAGAGAUUGGUUGCAAAGUGAAGGAUUUGAGGUCUGCUAAGGAUAAGCUCAUUCAAGAGAGCAACAGUUUAGGGAAAAAUCAUGAAAUACAAGCUGCUGAGACGAGAAAGUCUGAACUCAUAGCAUUGAAAAAGGAGGUGGAAUGUAGCCUGGAAUCUAAUAAACGGCAAAAGUUGUUGUUGCAAGAGCAGCUUCAGAGUCUGAGGUGAUACGAAAAUGAAGAUUCAUGUGCCUGGUCGACAUGAAAGAGCAGAAUUUUUUCUGCUGGGAAAUAAAGGCAGCAAAAGGCGGGCACAAAAUCAUGAGAUAGGAAUUGAUUACUGCAGAGAUAUGCGUUGAAUCGAGCACAAAAUAAUGGACAACAGAGAGCUUUGUAUCUGCUUUUAAGAGAUGAUAUGGAACAGCAGACUUUCGUGCUUGCUACGUAGGUAAAAAUUAAAUCUUUUCAACAGAAAUAGAGCCUUAGAUUUUUUUUCAAAAUAAUUGGUUUAAUAUCAUUGAAACAAAUUGACUUGAUGGAUGCAACUCAAACUGGUAUAAAGACCCUAAAAAUUACAGCUUUUAUGUUUUCAUAGAUUCACAUAAAGGAUGGAGUACAUUAUUAACUGGAAUAUAACAACACACAAGAAGAUUACACAAACCGAAACAAAUAAGCUACAACAUGAAUAACUGAUAGCCAAUCGAUACCAAGACAUAAAAUCAUUCAGGUGCAACUCUUGCACCCUUUGAACCUCCCUGAUCUCCUGAAGGAGGCUUUCCGGUGAAAAUGUCUUUAAUGCGUUUCCAAGCACCUUGUUUGGUUUGCGCUUUGUCGAAUCUGGAACAUUAUCCUUCUUUACUGGCCUCUGUCCACCAUUAUCCAUUGUUUACAGUUUUGGCUGCACAGUAUUGCUGUUUUCAACCUUUGGUGCUUGUCAUAAUUUAUAGAAGUUGAGCUAUGAUGUGAUUUACCCGUAAUUGUAUUCGACAUUUCUUGAGCAAUUCCAAGCAGUUAGAUAGUAUUUCCUCAACAAAUAAAACAAAAAAGAAAUCUGCAACAAUGUACUGGUGCAUUUCAUGGUAUUUUAUCUGAUAUGUUGAUUACUUGCUCCAUAAGAACAUGGCUAAUAACAUAAAGUCAAAUCCUCCGUAAUUAUCAUUGGAUGAGUAGCUUAAAGAUGAAUUUCCUUGUAGAUGAAAGGAAAUUGUGAGAGUUGGAUGCCCUUUUAAACCAGUGGCAGAUUCAUCAAAAAAAAAAAAAAAGAGUGAUGUCAUAUACUAACCAACUCAUAUAGGAUAUAUUUACAUGUAAUAUUUGAUUUUAAUUUGAAUUCUAGUGAUGUCAACUGAUCUCAAUAACAUCGUGCUGGAUCCGCCACUGUUUUAAAUCUCAUGCUAAUG